CAUUCAUGGACGCUAACCGAGAGAGAGACUCUGAUUGCGUGUGUGUGUGUAUGUGUGUGUGUGUGGAGGAAGAGUGGGGAGGUUUGGUUGGUAGAGAGUGUCUCUGUGCCGAGCUGAAUGUAGAGUGAACACUUUGGUCGUCCGAGUCGCUCCUCGGUUUGCUUUAACGGACACACACACACACACACACACACACACACAGAAGCUUCCCGAGCUUGACGCAGAGCCUGAGCCAUGCCUCUGACCCCGGGAGAGCUUCUGUCGGGCUCCAUGUUAAUCCUGCUGCUGGUCGCCAGCUCCUCUGAGUUGUCCUUAUCGCCUGAGGAAGCGAACCAGUUUUUAAGGAGACACCGGAGAGCGAACCAGGUUUUUGAGGAAACCAAACAAGGGCAUUUGGAGAGGGAGUGUGUGGAGGAGAGGUGCACCAAAGAGGAGGCGAGAGAAGUGUUUGAAAACGACCCUGAAACGGACUAUUUCUUCCCCAAAUAUUUGGCAUGUGUGGAGAAAUUUGCAGACAAGAAGAAGGAAGACCUGGUCACCUGCGUCCACAACAUUCCAGACCAGUGCUCCCCCAAUCCUUGUCAUCACAUAGGGACGGUGCGCUGUGAGGACAAAAAGGGCGAAUUCCAGUGCCACUGCUUCACAGGGUGGACUGGCCUCAGGUGUGAGAAAGACGUAAAUGAAUGCAGUAAAGAAAAUGGGAAGUGUGAUCAUGAGUGCAGUAAUUCAGUGGGAAGUUACCACUGCUCCUGUCGUGAUGGUUACAGGCUGUCCGGCCACCACCGCUGUCUGGAUAUUGACGAGUGCGUAGAUGUUCCUGGUGUGUGUGGCUCUGCGCAGUGCAGGAACCUGAUAGGGUGCUACGAGUGCCUUUGUGAUGUUGGCUACGUCUACAAUAAUGAGACCAAGACCUGUGACGACGUGGAUGAAUGUGAAUCACCUGUGUGUGAGGAGCAGUGUGUCAACACGCCCGGGAGUUUCCGUUGCUACUGUGACGGCAGACAGGGCAAGAAGCUCGGGCAUGACCUGAGGAGCUGUGAGCGUAUUGAGCCUUGUCUGGAAUUGAACCUGAAGCGAAACACUCGCUCUCUGUACCUGGGCCGCAUGUUCAGUGGAGUUCCUGUGGUCAAGCUACGCUUCAGACGCCUAGUUCAGACUGGCUUCACAGCAGAGUUUGACCUGAGGACAUAUGACACUGAAGGAGUUAUCUUCUUCGCUGGUGGUCACUUAAACAGCUCCUGGAUCGUACUGGCAAUCCACCACGGGAGACUGGAGCUGCAGCUGAAAUACGGAGCUGUGAGCCGGGUGACCAGCAGCGGCCCUUUGGUUAAUGAUGGCCAGUGGCACAAGAUCUCAGUAGAAGAGCAGGGGCGAAGCCUUGUGAUAAAGAUUGACAGGGAGGCAGUGAUGAAGAUUGCAGUGAAUGGAGAUCUUUUUACUCUGAAGAAAGGCAUCCAUGAGCUCAACCUUACUGUGGGAGGAGUUCCUUUCAAAGAGGACGGACUGCUUAAUAAGGUGAACCCACGUCUAGACGGUUGUAUGAAAGAGUGGCACUGGUUGACUGAUGAAGACACAUCCAUCCAGGAGACCAUUCGCCAUAACGAACGCAUGCAGUGCUACUCCACUGAGGAUCACAGCUCCUUCUUCCCAGGCCAUGGGUUCGCCUACUUCAAUCACAGCCAUGGUGACACGCAGGUGCUCAGUGUGCAGCUCACCAUACGGCCAGCCUCAACAACGGGAGUUCUGUUUGCACUCGUUCGACAGGAUACUGUGCCUCUCUCCAUCUCCUUAUCUGACUACCAUUCUGGAACUAAGCAGGGGGCAGAGUAUAUAUUAGUGUCCUUCGGCAAUGUUAUUGUGGCCAGUGCUGCAGCCCAUCUGUGUGACUGGCAGACGCACACAGUGAAUGUGACUGUGGCAGGAAACAGCACCACACUAGAGGUGGAUGGGCGGCUGGGCCUCACUGAAUCUGUGGAGGGUUUGGAGCCUCUGGACCUUUCAUCCUCAUAUAGCACAUUUAUUGGAGGCAUACCAGAUGUUUCUCUGGUGUCUAUGCCGGUCUCUGCUUUCUACACGGGCUGCAUGGACGUUACAGUCAACGGCCAUCUGUUAGACAUGGAUGAGGCCCAACACAAGCACAAUGAUGUCCGCUCUCACGCCUGCCCUCUAGUGGGCCCACACCAGUGAAAAACAAAAGGUUAGCUGGACCAAUCAGAGAAAAUGCCAGGGCAACCUAGCUCGGCCCUAGCUUAAGCUUAGCGCUGCAACCAAAUGCCUUUAAAAAGAGAACUUUUGAGUAAAAUUGAAUUUUAGUUCAAGAGUAAACUUAAUUUGUCUCUUUAGGACUGACUGAUAAUGGGCUUACCGAGCCACAUCUUCUACAUUGUCCAACAUACACUCCUCUGGGUAAAACCAACACUUGCAUUUCAAACCUGUGUUUUAUUCUGACAGAUUCAUUGCAUACUCAUGCCUCCAAUAGUAAAUAAUGUAUACACAAUCACAGACACUGUAACUUGUAUAAUUUAUAUUAUACUCAUUGAGAAAUGGGAGGUGUACACUUACAUUAGACAUCUGAAAAAGCACUGCGCCACAACACAAGCUACUGAAAGAGAGAGAGAGAGAGCGCUGUAACAUAGUGUAUAUGUAAAUACGUGACUGUACAAUGCUUUUUAAAAAAAAAAAAAAAAAAAAAAGACAAA